AGCCGCCGCCCGUGAGGGAUGCUGGUGAGGAGGCCGUCGGGAGCCGCCGCCGCCGUCUGAGGGAGGUCCCCUGGAAACCGCCUUUCAUCGGUGGGGAAGCGAAGUCGCAGUUGGCGGGGUUGGGGGUCAGCGAAGCGGGAGGCCUCUAAGUCGCGAGGUUGGAGCUGCACUGCCCUGGAGCCGCACUCUUGAGUCCGAGGCCAUCUUUUGUUGGAGAAGGCGGCGGCGCAGGCGUUUUCCCGAGGUUGGCCUGUGCAGCGUCGCCGUCCGCGGAAAAAGAAGCCUCUGAGCCCGCGCGGGCCCGCAGCCCCUGUGCCUUCCGGUCGCUGUCGCCUAAGGCGAGACCGCGUUUCCCCCAGUGCAGAGGUGUUUCUGUGACCCUCCCUUCACUCCCGUUCCCUUCUGAAAGGGCACCUGCUGUUGGUGGGAAAAGAAAUUAUAGCACGAAGAGCCAGUAUCAGAAGAGUAUCUAUCCAUCACUCGCAGCAACCGCCCAGGGAACAUCAUCAAAAAAGAGAAAAGGGAAUAUCUGGAUUGCCUGGGCGAGGAGGAGCGAGUCUGCUCGGGAGCUGUUCCAGCAGGCGAUUUUUAAAUACUGCUUUCUACGUCCUGUACAACUUGGCUUCACAUACUUUUACACUAACUUUAUAUGAUUUUUAAAAACUGGUCUGAUCGGACUUCUCGUCCUGGGACGCUGUUGACUGGAGUCUGGCCGGCUCUCCGUGCUCCUCUUGGUACCGCAUUUUGGGGAGAACCUUAAACCCACCCGAGCAGAGAAUCUCCGCCUUGACCGGUGCCACCAAAGAAGCCUUGGAACCAUGUGGACUUUUCUGGGCAUUGCCACUUUCACCUAUUUUUAUAAGAAGUGCGGGGACUUCGUCACUUUGGCCAACAGGGAGGUCCUGUUGUGCGUGCUGGUGUUCCUCUCGCUGGGCCUGGUGCUCUCCUACCGCUGUCGCCACCGAAACGGGGGUCUCCUCGGGCGCCAGCGGAGCGGCUCCCAGUUCGCCCUCUUCUCGGAUAUUCUCUCAGCCCUGCCUUUCAUUGGCUUCUUCUGGGCCAAGUCCCCCCCUGAAUCAGAAAAUAAGGAGCAGCUCGAGGCCAGGAGGCGCAGAAAAGGAACCAAUAUUUCAGAAACAACCUUAAUAGGAGCAGCUGCCUCUACAUCAACAUCCUCUCAAAAUGACCCAGAAGUUAUCAUCGUGGGAGCUGGCGUGCUUGGCUCUGCUUUGGCAGCAGUGCUUUCCAGAGAUGGAAGAAAGGUGACAGUAAUCGAGAGAGACUUAAAAGAGCCUGACAGAAUAGUUGGAGAAUUCCUGCAGCCGGGUGGUUAUCAUGUUCUCAAAGACCUUGGUCUUGGAGGUAGGUUCAUAUUGAUUUUCAGGAGAGUUACGUGUGCAAAGUUUAUUGAAGGUGUUGUGUUACAGUUAUUAGAGGAAGAUGAUGCUGUGAUGGGAGUUCAGUACAAAGAUAAGGAGACUGGAGAUAUCAAGGAACUCCACGCUCCAUUGACUGUUGUUGCAGAUGGGCUUUUCUCCAAGUUCAGGAAAAGCCUGAUCUCCAAUAAAGUUUCUGUAUCCUCUCAUUUUGUUGGCUUUCUUAUGAAGAAUGCACCACAGUUUAAAGCAAAUCAUGCUGAACUUAUUUUAGCUAACCCGAGUCCAGUUCUCAUCUACCAGAUUUCAUCCAGUGAAACUCGAGUACUUGUUGACGUUAGAGGAGAAAUGCCGAGGAAUUUAAGAGAAUACAUGGUUGAAAAAAUUUACCCACAAAUACCUGAUCACCUGAAAGAACCAUUCUUAGAAGCCACUGAGAAUUCUCGUCUGAGGUCCAUGCCAGCAAGCUUCCUUCCUCCUUCAUCAGUGAACAAACGAGGUAUUAUUUUUUGGGCUUAUUUUAUAAAGGAAUCAAUAUUCCAAAUGACAAAUACAUGA